UCCGGCCUCGCGCCCCGCCGGCCCCGGCCCCGCACCCCCGUGCGCGGGCGGUGACUUGGAUCAAGAGCUGCGGGCUGCCCCGAGGACUCGGGCGCGACGCAGGCCCACGCCGGCCACCCGGGCCCGGGGCGCGCGUCCAGCUGCGGGUAACUGGCCUGCUCCCCCGAGGGGCGUGUGGCACGCCCCAGGUGCGCCGGCCUCCGCGCCAGCGCCACCAUUUUGUAGGAUGGCAUUCCCUGUGGAUAUGCUGGAUAAUUGCAGUCAUGAGGAAAUGGAAAAUUCUGCCGAAGAUUACAUGUCAGAUCUCAGGUGUGGGGACCCUGAAAAUCCUGAAUGUUUUUCUCUGCUCAAUAUUACGAUUCCUAUUAGCCUGUCAAAUGUAGGCUAUGUACCUCUCUAUGGUGGAGAUCAGACCCAGAAAGUUCUUGCUCUUUUUGCACCUGAGGACUCACUCACAGCUGUGGCACUUUACCUUGCUGAUCAGUGGUGGGCUAUUGAUGAUAUUGUGAAAACAUCUGUCCCUUCUAGAGAGGGACUUAAGCAGGUGAGAACUCUUGGGGAGAGAGUGGUUCUGUAUGUUCUGAAUCGAAUUAUUUAUAGAAAGCAGGAAAUGGAGAGAAAUGAGAUCCCAUUCCUGUGUCAUAGCAGUACUGAUUAUGCUAAGAUUCUGUGGAAGAAAGGAGAGGCCAUUGGGUUUUAUUCAGUUAAGCCUACAGGAAGCAUAUGUGCCUCGUUUCUUACCCAAAGCUACCAACUGCCAGUUCUUGAUACAAUGUUCGUAAGAAAGAAAUAUAGAGGCAAAGACUUUGGGCUUCAUAUGCUGGAGGACUUCGUUGAUUCCUUUACAGAAGAUGCACUUGGCUUGCGGUAUCCACUGACCUCUCUCAUGUACAUAGCUUGCAACCAGUACUUUGAAAAAUAUCCAGGAGACCAUGAACUGCUUUGGGAAGUUGAAGGUGUUGGACACUGGUACCAGAGAAUACCAAUCACCAGAGCAUUACAAAGAGAAACAUUUAAAAUUACAGCAGUUUCUCAAAAUGAAGCUAAAAGACCUGUGUCUGGAGAAUACGGUCUUGGAUCUGUUCCAGACUAUGAAGCAGGAGCUGAAGACAGUCUGUCUAGUGAGAUGCAGCUAACGAUUGAUUCUCUAAAAGAUGCCUUUGCAAGUACUUCUGAAGGUCACGGUAAAACACCUGUUUCCACUCGUACUCGAAGUAGUCAUCUAAAGCGGCCAAAGAUUGGAAAACGGUUUCAGGAUUCUGAAUUUAGUAGUUCUCAAGGGGAAGAUGAAAAGACUCCCCAGACUUCACCUACAGCUUCAGUGAACAAAUUGGAGUCUACUGCACGAACAUCAGAGAGCUCAGAAGAAUUCUUGGAAGAAGAACCUGAACAGAGUGUGAUUGAAUUUGAGGAUGAAAGCAGUGAUAAAAAUGUUCAACCAGCACCAGAAACCCAGCCAGGCCUGGAAAAGCAAGAAGGUGAAAAGGAAUCUGAAUCAGAGCCUAUGAAUGGUGAGAUAAUGGAUGAUACUCUUAAGACUUCACUUAUAACAGAAGAGGAGGACUCCACUAGCGAAGUGUUAGGUGAAGAAUUAAAAUUGCAGUCUUUUAAUUCCAGUGAAGACUCUACGAAUCUUGUUCCACUGGUGGUAGAAUCUUCAAAAUCUCCUGAGGCUGUUGCACAGGAUAAGACUUCACAUGUAACUGACUCAGAAAUGUUGCUAGAUGAAGGCCCAUCUGAUGACAAGGGGCACACUGAAGAGAGGCUGCCUCUAGUUUCAAGAAAGAAAGCACAUUUUGGGAGUUCAGACAAUGUAGCUACUAUCCCAAAUGAAGAACGGUCCGACAGUGGUUUUCCAAACUCUGUGAUAACUGAAUUUUCUGAAGAAUCGAUUCCUGAAAAUGUAUCACCCAACACUACUGCCUCAUUGGAAGACCAGGGUGAGGAGGGGGUAGCUGAGCCCCAGGAAACAUCUCCAGCUCUUCCUCAGAGCUCUUUAAUAGAGGUUGAACUUGAAGAUGUGCCAUUUUCACAGAACGCAGGACAGAAGAACCAGUCAGAGGAGCAGUCUGAAGCAUCUUCUGAGCAACUGGAUCAGUUGAUGCAAUCAACAGAGAAGACUGUGGAUAGCAGCUCAGAGGAGAUAGAAGUGGAAGUGCCUGUGGUUGACAGGCGGAAUUUAAGAAGAAAGGCCAAAGGGCACAAAGGACCUGCGAAGAAGAAAGCCAAGCUGACCUGAAUGAGGAAGAAAUGUGGAUGAUAAAUCCUCUUCUUUGUAACGUAAUUGUUGUUUUUAAAAUAUGGCAGUUAAUAAAUAGCAUGGGGCACAGGAUAAAAACUCCAAAUUUUCAAUUUGAACUUAUUUAUGAUGCCGCUUUUCCCUCCCCUGUAGGACCUAGGAUUCACCGU